AUGGGGGCCAGCCGGCGCUCGAAGUGGAAAAAGGGCCAACUGACUGCAGCAGAAAAAUUCUUAGAUGAAAAACCCUUAAGAGAAAAGGCGCAGCAGUUAGCAGCAGCAGACGAGCUCUUUGUCCUCGACACCGAAGGCGCCGAUGACACAUCACACCUUUCGCGGGGGGCGCGGCGUUUGCUGCAGCGGCCGCAGCUCUUAGCCGAAGGCAGCAGCAGCAGCAGCAGCAGCAGCAGCAGCAGCAGCAGCAGCAGCAGCAGCAAGAAGCCGCUGCUGGAAGUGGCGACGCAGGCCCACAAGAAGCAGCUAGAGAGAGUCAUAAAAGGCAGCAAAAAGAGAGCAGAAACAGCAGCAAGAAUCAAAGCUAAAAAGGCAGCGGAAGCAUGCGUCGACUUGUGGGAAGACGAGGCACUGGAGGCGGUAGUCAACAAGAAGCGCAAAGCAGCAGCAGCAACAGCAGCAGCAGCAGCAGCAACGCCCGCAGCAGCAGAAGCAGCAGCAGCGAGCAGCAGCAGCAGCAGCAGCAGCAGCAGCAGCAGCAGCAAGCGGCGGCGCUGCCGCCUGAGGGAGCUGCUGCAGCUGGUGCCGCCGCUGCUGCUGCCUGAAGAAAGUUCUUCUUACAAUCCUUCGAAAGAAGUGCAGCAGCAGCAGCUAGUUGCUGCUGCUGCUGCUGCUGUGCUGCAGCAGCAGGAGGGGCGUUCUGCGCACGCGGUGGUCCGGAGCCACGAGCAGGACAAGCAGCAGCAGCAGCUGCUGCUGCAGCAGCAGCAGCUGCUGCUGCUGCAGCAGCAAAACCCCCACAAACUCCUCAAAUACAGAAAACCUGUUGCUGCUGCGCUGCAGCAGCAACUCGGCGCUGCUGCUCUUGAAGGCAGCACUGAGCUGGACAGACAGCGCAUGCUGAUGGAGCUGGUGACGCAAGGCAAAGUCUCUACAAGUAGUGCAGCAGCAGCAGCAGCAGCAGCAGCAGCAGCAGAGGAGGAAGCAGAAGAAGACGAGUCUGCGCCGGCAAGGGUUUACAAGAAGCCGAAGAAGAAGACGCGCACGGACAGAAAUCGGCAGCGCCGGCACCUGAAGCAGCUGCGCCGGGCUGCUGCUAAGCAGCAGCAGAAAGCCCUCAGGAAGUCUAUUGACCAGCUGCCGCAGCUGCUGCAGGAGCUGCAGCAGCAGCAGCAGCAGCAGGCUGAUAGAAGCGCCAAGAGGCUAGCGGGCGAAAAAGCAAAAGAAGCAGCAGCAAGGAAAGGGAUUGUCUCCUUCAAAAUGGGCCGCAAACGCUUUGUGGGGUCUCCUGUAGUGCCGCUGCUGCCGGAGGAAACGACGGGCUGCUUAAGGACAACUAAGGUUCAAGGCGCUGCUGCUGCAGCAGCAGACCACCUGGCGUCGCUGCACCGCCGCGGAGUGCUGGAGCUGCCAGCAGAAGCAACAGCAGCGCAUGCAGUGCGAAUUAAGAAGCAGCUAAGCAGAGCAGCAAAUAGAAUUAAAAUAAUUAAAAGAAAAGAAGAAGGCACCCACGCUGUCUAG